AUGACUGACAACACCUUGGAUCGCUCGCGGGUUGCCGGUAGUUUGUACGGCCUUCUGGUGGGCGACGCCUUGGCCAUGCCUUCCCACUGGUUCUACUCGCCUGAAAAGCUCCGGGCGGACUACGGCGACAUUUCUGGAAUGGUCGCUCCCCGUCCCACUCACGCCGAAUCCAUGGUCCAGGGAAUGUCCUACACGGGCACUUGGGAUAUUCUACACGACAAGGCACGCUACUACACCGGCCAUCAAAGCAACACUGGCGAGGGUCUUUCGCAGGCCGAGAAGGACGCGCGUCGGGACGACCACGGCAACUACGUAGGGCACACGCCCGACGAUCGUGUCCAUUACCACGCGACUCUCAAGGCCGGACAGAAUACCGCCAACGGUUGUUUGACGCGACUAGCGAUGCGCUACCUUGCCGAAGCAAAUGAAGACGGCGACGGCUACGAUCCCGACGAGCAUUUGCGACGCCUGCAAGACUAUAUGCUGGCCCCACCCGAACCAGACAACGAUCAGCAACUGAUUAAUCACAAUGAUGUCUACUUGGACGUUUAUCUACGUGGAUUCUUUACCAAUGCCUCUCAAGGCAAGUCGUUGCGGGAUUGUGCCUUGACCCAACGCGAUUCGUGGAGUAUCGGUUCAUUGGAUGGAGUCGUCCUGGCCAUUCCCACUAUCGCCGCGUACGCCCACGAAGCCGAUUGGUACGUCGUGGGUCGUGCGGUCGAACACCACAUGUUGACGCAUCGAUCCGUCACCGUGACCGCUUCCCUGGCGGUGCUGGUACCUUUGUUGCUUUCACUCUAUCGUGGCACCGACUUGCGAACAACAUUGGACGAGUACAUGUCCAAAAUGCGGCCACCCAAGAUUACUGGGCGAGCCCUGGCCGAUUCCUACGUGAACCACCACGGGCCAGGCAACAUACCCCCCAACGAAAAGUGGCGGCAGCAUAUGGAACUCGACGACAGUGAAACGACGCGCGAUUUGGUGCAUCGCAUGCUUGAUUGGGACGAUCAGGACGUGGCGGGCUUCCGCGACCGCGAAUGCUCGCGGUUAUCCACGGCGUGUUACUGCGAACACGCUCUGACAACGGUACUGUAUCUUGCCUACAAGUACGCGGAGGAUCCCGAAAUGGCCUUGUUACAGAACGUCCGGAUCGGAGGACAUUCGACGGCCCGUGGUGCCGUGCUGGGUGCCAUUCUAGGCGCCGCCCACGGCGUCAACGCGGUACCCUUUGUCGGGGAGCUGUGUGCCAAAGAGAGCAUCGAUCAAGAAAUUGCUGCGCUCAUUUCUACUAUCCCCUCUAGAAGAAAAUCCAAUUUGCGGCCCUAUAAACGGGAUCACCACCACAACACAGCAACUUAUGUAUCUGGCGGUUGUGGCGCGCAAAAGACCGAUCUAGGAAGGAUGGAUCCGAUUCUGAUAACGGUACUCCGAGAUGUUUUAGGUGUGGAAAUUUCUCCGUUGACCAACAAUGUUGCGGCCGCACUGUCGAUGGUACUGUAUUUCAAAAUAGCCAUCGAGGCCGUGACGUGGUUUCGACUGCGCUAUUCUACCAGUCUUUAUUCCAAACAGCUCUUGCAUAUAACGUUGGCUUCGUCCAUCAUUUUUUGGUCGUUGUUUGACGACUCGCACUGGAGUUGGCGUCUGAAUACGCUUUUGCCGUCAGUAAUGAUGGCUCGAUAUAUCUACAAGGGUGCGAUACUGAAAGAUCCCGAAGAUUUGGAGGUACUGACGCUAUCGAGGACUUCAUCUCCUUCAGAUCUGCUGUUUGGCUCGCUGCAAUUUGCGGCAGUUUUGGUAUGGCUAGGUCUGUACCAGUUUCGCACGGCUGAAGCUGCUAUUAUAAUAGCCGCAUUAGGCGUUGGGGACGGGAUCGCCCCCAUGGUCGGCCACUGGUACGGCCGCCACGACUACCAAAUGCCGCUAGCGAGCCAAAAGACCAUGGAAGGAAGCGUCGUUGGGGUCUUUUUGGGAACCGUUGUGGGCUGUUAUCUGUAUAUGUAUCUUUUGGGGAUUCCGCUGUUGCCUCUACGGAUAGUGCUGGCGUACGGUGGUAUUGCGGCAGUAGUAGAAGGGACGGCUCCCGGUAAUUUGGACAACCUAACCGUCCCCAUUGCGAUCCAUUUUUCGCUCGACAAGGUGCAGGAAUGGCUACCAGCAUGA